CCGCCUCUUCGGGCUUUCAAUUGCUAUCUGGGCAAGUUCGGAUAGCUGAGAGGCCUUAUCCAUUGAUUCCACGAUGUUCAAAAAAGCUGGCGCUCUUCUUGCGUUGGUUGUCGCUGGGACAGCGGCUCCAACAACCACCACCUCCAGCCCCACUGCUAGUGUCCAGAAUGGUACGUAUGUCGGUGUGAGGAAUGCGAAUUAUCAGCAAGAUUUCUUUCUGGGCAUGCCGUACGCUCAGCAGCCUGUUGGUGACUUGCGGUUUACGGUUGCUCAGCCGUUGAAUGAAAGUUGGGAUGGAGAGCGAGACGCGAAGGAGUACUCUCAUAUCUGUGUGGGAUACGGGACCGAUUCGAUCUGGUAUCCUCAGGCUGAAGCAUGCCUCACCUUGAACGUCAUUCGUGACUCCUCGGUCACUGAGAGCUCGGAGCUUCCGGUUGGUGUCUGGAUACAUGGUGGUGGCUUCUUUGAGGGCUCCAGUGCCGACCAGCGCUAUAACAUGUCGGCUAUCGUGGCCAACUCAUACAAGAUCGGGAAGCCAUUCAUCGCGGUAAGCCUUAACUACCGCCUCUCCGCCUGGGGAUUUUUGAGCUCCAGCCAAGUCUGGGGAACCGGCAACACCAACCUAGGCAUCAGGGACCAGAGACUGGCGCUCCAGUGGAUAAAGGAGAACAUCGGGGCAUUUGGAGGGGAUCCAGAUAAGAUCACCAUCUGGGGGGAGUCAGCCGGAGCAAUGUCUGUCGGUUACCACCUUGCAGCAUACGGCGGGAGGGAUGACGGUCUCUUCCGCGCAGCGAUCAUGGAGUCGGGAGGAACAAUCCCAGCGAGCCCAGGCAACUACACAGGAUAUCAGACCCUUUACGAUGACCUUGCAGCCAAAGUCAAUUGCUCGGGCGUGGCAGACUCGUUGCAAUGUCUGCGCGAGGUUCCCUUCCAGGAACUGAAUGCCGUUCUCAACGGCACUGACGGCGAGUCGGAUUACAACUUUGGGCCCAUAGUCGAUGGCGAUCUCAUCAGGGACUGGGGCAGUCUCCAGCUAGACAAACAGAAAUUUGUCAAAGUUCCCAUCAUUUCAGGGACCAAUACCGACGAGGGUACCGCGUUUGGGCCCACGGGGAUCAAUACAACGGAGGAAUUCUAUGCAUAUCUUACAGAUGGCGAAUCUGGCUUCCAGCUGCCCUCGUCCAUCGCCAAUGAGAUCCUGCAGCUCUAUCCCGACGAUCCAGCACUGGGCAUCCCCGAGUUUCUCGGGUCCGCUCGAGUCCCAUCCAAGGGCUAUCAGUGGCGGCGCACAUGCGCAUACGCAGGAGACUACGUGAUGCAUGCCAACCGGCGUCGACAGUGUGAGGCGUGGACGGAGACUUCCACGACGGCAUACUGCUAUCGGUUCAACAUGCGAGGGGCGGACGUUCCGAUCCUGUCCGGCGCCACUCACUUCGAAGAAGUCUCCUUUGUGUUCAACAACAUCGCCGGCCUUGGGUACCACUACGGAAAGCCAUUCGCAGGGAUGCCCGAGUCCUACGUACAGCUGAGCAAUCUGAUGACCAGCAUGUGGGCGUCGUUCAUCCACGACUUAGACCCCAACUCGGGCAUCAAGAACUCGAGUGUUCGGUGGCAGCCGUACGGAAAGGAUGAGCCAGUUGAUCUGGUCUUUGAUGCUAAUGUCACGAGCUAUAUGGAGCCAGACACGUGGCGAAAAGAGGGGAUCGAUUAUAUCAAUUCCGUGGCGAGUGCGUACUGGCGAUAAGCUACCUACCAUGUCGAAGCCCGUGCGUUUUAGCUUUUUUUUUACUUCCCCAUUCUACCAUGUAUGUAUGCGGCCUACGAGAUAUGGUGAAGCAAACAGGGGAGGAUCGAGCGCAUCUAGCCAGGGUACAUAGGUGGUGGGUGGUGGGUGGUGGCUGUCCAUCCAUUAUUCUUCGGUUAGAAGCAAAAUCCAGAUCAGUUGCUCAU